CCAACCCCACUUUGAUCAGAAAAAACCAAAUCCGGUCCAUAUUCCAACCGAAUCUCAGAAUCUAAUCACACAGAUUCUCUAACCCAAACCAAACCGCCUCGUUUUUUUUCCCUUUCGCAAUUAUAGAAACUUUUCUGUCUCUAAGGUGAGAAACUCAAAAUAACCUCAGCACCGUUGUGUGCCCUCACACAAUUCCACGAAACCCUAACCCUAAUUCGAUUCUUCAAAUCCCUCUCCAAUGGCGCAAAACGAUUCACAAUCCGACAAAAACCCCCAAACCCGAUUCUACAACCCAUACAAAGACCUCGAGGUUUCCAGCCGAAAUCUCUACCAGCUCCCAACUUCCCCGGAGUUUCUCUUCGACGAGGAAGCUCUCCGUAAACGCCGUUCCUGGGGAGAGAAUCUCACCUUCUACACUGGCUGCGGUUACCUCGGAGGUUCAAUCGCCGGUGCCGGAGUUGGGCUCGUUGAAGGAGUUCGAUCUUUCGAAUCCGGCGACACCACGAAGCUCCGAGUCAAUCGUAUUCUCAACUCAUCCGGGCAUUCGGGUCGGACUUGGGGGAACCGUGUUGGGAUCAUUGGGUUGCUUUAUGCUGGAAUCGAAAGCGGGAUCGAGGCUGCCAGAGACACCGAUGACGCCUGGAACAGCGUUGCGGCCGGGCUUGGCACUGGAGCUUUGUAUAGAGCAGCAAGAGGGGUGAGAUCGGCUGCGGUGGCUGGAGCUGUGGGUGGAGUUCUUGUUGGAGCUGCUGUGACGGUAAAACAAGCAUUGAAACGAUAUGUGCCGAUAUGAAAUAAAAUCAUGCAGACUUGGGGUUGAUUAUUGCAGUUUGCCUCUUUCCUUUAAUGAGUGUGUUGCCUUUGCUUUUGGCAAAUGGGAACCGCUAUUAAAUCCGUAGUAGUUCGGAAAGGGGUAUUUGAUUGAUCAUAUGUCAGAAACUCAGAAUUUAUUUGUGUCCUGGUCAUGGGACUACCUUUCCGGGUCAAUAGGGAGUAAACCGUCAAUCUAGUCCCCUUAGGAUCUCUCUUUCCUACCUAGUCUCAAAAGUAAAUAAAAAUAGUAUAUGAAAUCUAUCAAAUUAAGUCUUCGUGUUACAUAUAUGUUGAUGAGAGAUACUAGAGACUAAAGAGAUGAAUUUCAUAUAGGUUAGGCAUUAGUUUGACAGUUAUGAUAUAGUUUAAGGGUUACUUUUUAUUUUCAUAUAGUUUAUGGACUACAUAGAAGAGAAUGUGAAUCUGCAAAUCCUAGCUCGAUUGGCAAAAGCCGAUACUGUUGGGUUGAAAGUCAACACCGGGGUUAUGACCACUAUCUAUAUCAUUUUUAAAGGAGAAAUGGUGAUAUUUGAGGUACUAAAUAGGCAGGCAGCUAUCCUUUAGAUCAAGAAGUGUUGCAUGAUGUUAUUAUGGUUUUCCUGCCCUUGUUUUGUUCCCUCUCACCCCUACUAAAUGAUCCCCUUUCAUUAUCCACCGUUUCCUCACCUCCGGUUCUUCCUCUUAUGCUUUGACCUCUGCCACAAAGACAACAUACGCCGUCAAAUUUUCCUUUACUUGAACAAACAGAACAAACAUGGGCAGCGUACCUAUUUUACAAUUCUAAUUUUAAUGGAUCAAAAUUUUGAGCGUGUAAGUGUAAGGGGUUUGUGCUGUGGUUUGUUUGUCAAUGUGUUGGUAAAACCAUUGUUAAUAUCUAGAGCUAAUUUAGACUUGAAACAAACGGAAAGGGAAAUACAAGAACAAAGCAUCAAUGCUAUAUUUAUCUAGCCUUACUAAAUGGGAUUUGCUUAAGUUCUCAAUCACAGAAAUUCCCUGGCUAUUGUUUCAUACGGAUGACUGUGUCUUAUCUCAUGCUUCCUUAACUUAUGUCAUUUUUGUCUUUUGCUUUUUUAUCAUUCAUGUUUCCUCGAGUUCAGUAAGAAAUUUCAAAGAUUAGGUCUUCCAUGUUGCUUUUGUACUCGAUGAUGGCUAGUUGUGUAGUCCUUUAUCCGACUAUAGUAUUAAGAGGGCAAUAUUUUUCCCAUACCGAGUGGUGGAUAAGCAAUUUAUCGAAAUUCAAAAAUACAUUUACAAAUUUGGAAGUGCAUUUUUGGAUGUACCCAUUUCACAUCAAAUAGAUGCAUAAAUGAGUCACGCUUCUUUUUGUUACUAAUUAAAUUAGUCUUCAGAUGUACUUUUGUAUUUACCCUAUAUGCAUCUCUUCCAUUCUUUAUUGAGACAUUUCUAUUUUAACAU